GCUUGUCAGAGAAAUGGAGCAGCGGCUCCUUUGUGGGCUCUUACAUCCCCGUCCUGGGUGCACAGCCCGGAUAUUUGAUCUGUGGGGUGAUUGAUAAGUGAGGGAGAGGGGACGCGAUCCCUCCCUCCCUCCUGCCUCCCUCUUCCCUCCUCCCUCCCUUCUUCCCCUCUCCUCCCUCCCGCUUUACUUCCCUCCUCCCUCUCGCCUCCCUCCCUCCUUCCUGCAAGAAGCGUUGCCCGUUGGCUAGCUGCUCGGUGGGGAUCUGCCUGCCCUGGGGGCGCCGCCCGCGCUCCCCGCGGUGCUCUCGCUCCUGGGCUGCGCCAGUCCGAGGCGGUGCCGGCUCCUUUGCCUCGCCGAGUCGCAGAUGCUGCGGGCGCCUCCGGGAAAAGAUCUGGGCAGCGCGCUCGCUCGAUGGAGACAGGAAGAUCCAGAAGCUAGCGGCACAUCUAGCAACAGAGCCAGAUCAGAACCCAGGCAAGAAGUGCACGUUUAAACCUCAUUAUCUGGCUAAGUAUAAACCUCAGGGAGAAAAGGGUUUUGUUUUUGUUUUUCUCAGUCUAUAAGCUAACAUUGAGCUGACUUUCAGAGUCCAGGCAAAUAUCUGUUUGGUGGGUCACCACCCAGAAAGGAAUUCUCUUAGCACUGAAUCAGGGCUCUGUAUGUAAAGUAUAAAUCCCCUAAGAGAACUCCUCACCCUCCUACACAGACACAUUGGUGCAUGCACACACACCCCACUCUCUGCACAGAGAGCAUCUGAGCUAGAAGCUGGCAAGUGGGGCACCAGUCCUGUAGCAAAGAGGCACACCACACACACAUACACACACUCUCUCUCUCUCUCUCACACACACACACACACUCUCUCUCUCUCUCUCUCUCUCUCUCACACACACACACACACACACACACACACACACACACACUUCUCCCUUGCUUGGGAAUCUGGGAGAAGAACCCCCACCCCCACCCCUGCCCUCCAUAGGCACUGUGUAGGUGAGAGAAAGAGGGAGGAGUGAAAGAGAACACAAAGAGGGGCCCAAGGAGGUGCCAGCCCAUUAGCAGGGCCCCUCCUUGAGAAACCCCUCUGCAGGAGCUUCUCCUGCGCCAGCCAGGUUGGAGGUGGAGUAGUUCAGAAUCAACUGACGCAGCCGGGAAUUGAGCUUUGCAAAGCCGCUUGCAAGGAAGGGAAGCAUCUGCCCAACCCUCCCCCACCGGGCGCCCUGGAUCCUCUGCCUGCCCCCUCCCCUGUGACGUCACCCUAGUCCUGUCCCGGGGAGCCUGCAAAGCCUCUCAGAUUCAAACUGCUAGACGCACUGCUGCCACCGCCACCGAUUUGGAAACGCGCGCCCAGGCUCCGUCGUCGCCUUCGCCCGCCGACUGGGCCAGCCGGCUCUCCGACCUCCUUACAGAAUCGCACCCCAGUCCCUCCCUGGCAGCUCGGCUUCCCUCCGCUCCAACUCUUCUCUUCCGCUCCUGCCUCCUGUCGGAUUUUUAAUUUCUGCGCACCCCCAGUCAAAUUAAAUCAACCAACAAAAAGCAGGGCAUCCCCCCGGAAGCAGCGUCUUAUUUUACCUUGUUCUCCCACUUCCUGAAGAUGCUGAACUCCUGGUGGACUGCAGAGGAGAGGGGUUCAGUCUUCUCCUGAUGUGUGAGUAACCACCACCUCGCACUGUCUUUGCCAUCUCUAUCUCUCCUCUAUACCUGUCGCCAGCCCCCUGAUUCCUGAUUUUCCCACCCCCUUUUUGCGCUUUUUUUUUUUUUUUUUUCCCUAAAGCGAUUGCGAUUUCUGCUGGGAGCUCAAGACGGGGGAGCUGCCCGAGAUCUCUUCGAGAUACCCCAGGGGAGGAGGAGAUGGGCAGGAUUUAGUAGGACAACUCGGUUACUAAUGACUUGGCGGCUGGCUGCGACCCCCUGGGAAAUCAGGUUUGCCUGUAGGUACCUGAGUUGACACCGAAGGUGCCUAAAGAUGCUGAGCGGCGUUUGGUUCCUCAGUGUGUUAACCGUGGCUGGGAUCUUACAGACAGAGAGUCGCAAAACUGCCAAAGACAUUUGCAAGAUCCGCUGUCUGUGCGAAGAAAAGGAAAACGUACUGAAUAUUAACUGUGAGAACAAAGGAUUUACAACAGUUAGCCUGCUCCAGCCCCCCCAGUAUCGAAUCUAUCAGCUUUUUCUCAAUGGAAACCUCUUGACAAGACUGUAUCCAAACGAAUUUGUCAAUUACUCCAACGCGGUGACUCUUCAUCUAGGUAACAACGGGUUACAGGAGAUCCGAACGGGGGCGUUCAGUGGCCUGAAAACUCUCAAAAGACUGCAUCUCAACAACAACAAGCUUGAGAUAUUGAGGGAGGACACCUUCCUGGGCCUGGAGAGCCUGGAGUAUCUCCAGGCUGACUACAAUUACAUCAGUGCCAUCGAGGCUGGGGCAUUCAGCAAACUUAACAAGCUCAAAGUGCUCAUCCUGAAUGACAACCUUCUGCUUUCACUGCCCAGCAAUGUGUUCCGCUUUGUCCUGCUGACCCACUUAGACCUCAGGGGGAAUAGGCUAAAAGUAAUGCCUUUUGCUGGCGUCCUUGAACAUAUUGGAGGGAUCAUGGAGAUUCAGCUGGAGGAAAAUCCAUGGAAUUGCACUUGUGACUUACUUCCUCUCAAGGCCUGGCUAGACACCAUAACUGUUUUUGUGGGAGAGAUUGUCUGUGAGACUCCCUUUAGGUUGCAUGGGAAAGAUGUGACCCAGCUGACCAGGCAAGACCUCUGUCCCAGAAAAAGUGCCAGUGAUUCCAGUCAGAGGGGCAGCCAUGCUGACACCCACGUCCAAAGGCUGUCACCUACAAUGAAUCCUGCUCUCAACCCAACCAGGGCUCCGAAAGCCAGCCGGCCACCCAAAAUGAGAAAUCGUCCAACUCCCCGAGUGACUGUGUCAAAGGACAGGCAAAGUUUUGGACCCAUCAUGGUGUACCAGACCAAGUCUCCUGUGCCUCUCACCUGUCCCAGCAGCUGUGUCUGCACCUCUCAGAGCUCAGACAAUGGUCUGAAUGUAAACUGCCAAGAAAGGAAGUUCACUAAUAUCUCUGACCUGCAGCCCAAACCGACCAGUCCAAAGAAACUCUACCUAACAGGGAACUAUCUUCAAACUGUCUAUAAGAAUGACCUCUUAGAAUACAGUUCUUUGGACUUACUGCACUUAGGAAACAACAGGAUUGCAGUCAUUCAGGAAGGUGCCUUUACAAACCUGACCAGUUUACGCAGACUUUAUCUGAAUGGCAAUUACCUUGAAGUGCUGUACCCUUCUAUGUUUGAUGGACUGCAGAGCUUGCAAUAUCUCUAUUUAGAGUAUAAUGUCAUUAAGGAAAUUAAACCUCUGACCUUUGAUGCUUUGAUUAACCUACAGCUACUGUUUCUGAACAACAACCUUCUUCGGUCCUUACCUGAUAAUAUAUUUGGGGGGACGGCCCUCACCAGGCUGAAUCUGAGAAACAACCAUUUUUCUCAUCUGCCCGUGAAAGGGGUUCUGGAUCAGCUCCCGGCUUUCAUCCAGAUAGAUCUGCAAGAGAACCCCUGGGACUGUACCUGUGACAUCAUGGGGCUGAAAGACUGGACAGAACAUGCCAAUUCCCCUGUCAUCAUUAAUGAGGUGACUUGCGAAUCUCCUGCUAAGCAUGCAGGGGAGAUACUAAAAUUUCUGGGGAGGGAGGCUAUCUGUCCAGACAGCCCAAGCUUGUCAGAUGGAACCAUCUUGUCAAUGAAUCACAAUACAGACACACCUCGGUCGCUUAGUGUGUCUCCUAGUUCCUAUCCUGAACUACACACUGAAGUUCCACUGUCUGUCUUAAUUCUGGGAUUGCUUGUUGUUUUCAUCUUAUCUGUCUGUUUUGGGGCCGGUUUAUUCGUCUUUGUCUUGAAACGCCGAAAGGGAGUGCCGAGCGUUCCCAGGAAUACCAACAACUUAGACGUAAGCUCCUUUCAAUUACAGUAUGGGUCUUACAACACUGAGACUCACGAUAAAACAGACGGCCAUGUCUACAACUAUAUCCCCCCACCUGUGGGUCAGAUGUGCCAAAACCCCAUCUACAUGCAGAAGGAAGGAGACCCAGUAGCCUAUUACCGAAACCUGCAAGAGUUCAGCUAUAGCAACCUGGAGGAGAAAAAAGAAGAGCCAGCCACACCUGCUUACACAAUAAGUGCCACUGAGCUGCUAGAAAAGCAGGCCACACCAAGAGAGCCUGAGCUGCUGUAUCAAAAUAUUGCUGAGCGAGUCAAGGAACUUCCCAGCGCAGGCCUAGUCCACUAUAACUUUUGUACCUUACCUAAAAGGCAGUUUGCCCCUUCCUAUGAAUCUCGACGCCAAAACCAAGACAGAAUCAAUAAAACCGUUUUAUAUGGAACUCCCAGGAAAUGCUUUGUGGGGCAGUCAAAACCCAACCACCCUUUACUGCAAGCUAAGCCGCAAUCAGAACCGGACUACCUCGAAGUUCUGGAAAAACAAACUGCAAUCAGUCAGCUGUGAAGGGAAAUCAUUUACAACCCUAAGGCAUCAGAGGAUGCUGCUCCGAACUGUUGGAAACAAGGACAUUAGCUUUUGUGUUUGUUUUUGUUCUCCCUUUCCCAGUGUUAAUGGGGGACUUUGAAAAUGUUUGGGAGAUAGGAUGAAGUCAUGAUUUAGCUUUUGCAAGUUUUCCUUUAAAUUAUUUCUCUCUCGCUCUCCUCCCCUCCUUUUUUUUUUUUUUUUUUUUUUUGUUUCUUGUUCCCUUCUCUUCUUAGGAACCAUCAGUGGACAUGAAUGUUUCUACAAUGCAUUUCUUCAUAUAUUUUGUUUAUGGUUUUGUUUCUUUUUUCUUCUUUGUUUUUCAGUGUGGGAGUGGGAAGAGGAGAUUAUAGUGACUGAAGAAAGAAUAGGCAAACUUUUCAAAUGAAAGUGGAUAUUUAGUGUAUUUUGUAGAAGAUCUCCAAAGAUCUUUUGUGACUACAACUUCUUUUGUAAAUAAUGAUAUAUGGUAUUUCCAUCGUCAGUUACCGAGUAUAGCCACUGGGUAUCACUACUUUGUGUUAAAGUGCCUUCGCACUUUAAGUACAUUACUUAAAUGUUGCUUUUAGCUUUGAUAAAUUGAAAAUAUUUUAAUGUGUUGUAUUUUUGAAAUUGAAAACACUGUAAAAUAGAUUGAUGUGUCAACUAUAUUAAGUCAACAUACAGUUUGCUUGAGUUAUAGAAACCAGCCUGUCAUCAAAUGAUUCUAGUUCUAGGACUUUGUAGGCUUAACUAUAAAAUAUUUCCUUUCCUCUGGGUUUAAGUGAUUUUAUUUAAGUCAACUAAGGGGAUUUAACAGUGGACUAGAGGUAAUAAGCCACCUCAGUCAGGAUUAAUAAUUCAUUAAUAAAAUAUAUUUAACCCAA